AUGGAGAGAUGUGGGGAGCCAAAAGGUGGAUCAACAUGCGAAGAAGAUAACAAUGGCGAUAACGAAAGUGUCAAAGGAGUUGGGAUUUUCGAAGGCCAUGCAAAAAGGCCAUCAGGCGACGCCAACAGGCUACUGGGAGAUGCCAGGGACGUGAACGGGAGGCGCCCAUGGUGUGGCGCUCAAUGUGCUGGAGGUAGCGACGCCGAAGCGCUGAGCAGCGCCAUGGAAGGCGCCCAUGGCAGCGACACCGAAGCGUUGAGCAGCGCCAUGGGAGGCCCCCAAUGUGCUGGAGGCAGCGACGACGAAGCACUAAGCAGUGCUAAGCGGCUAGGUAGCGAAGCCAGAUGCCAGGCGACGCAAAAGAGACUAGGCUUGGUGACACCUCAGCUGGGCCUUCCCUAG